AUGGUCGCUCUAUCCAAGCUUGCCCUUGCGGCCCUUGCCGGCUACGCCACCGCCCACCCCGGCGAGAAGCACGACGCAGAGCACAUGAAGCGUGAGAUUGUUGCGCGUGACAAUGCUGCUCAGCUCGGCGCCCGGUCCAUGGGCUCGUGCUCCGGCUCGGCCGGCGCCCAGGCCCUGAAGCAGCGCAGCAUCGCUCGCCGUGCGCAACAGGUCCAGGACAUCCGCCGCAAGCGUGGCAUCAAGGCUCCCGCAAGGAAGAACAAGCGUACCCUCGCGAAUCUGGAGGCCUGGGAGGCCAUCAACCACAACAUGAGCGCUUCUUAUGACUAUGACAUGUGUAAGCAACAUCUCAAGUCAUCUUUCGCCCCUUGUAUGGCAGUCACUCCCAUGGAAGAGGUUUUCAGCGCCAACACCAGCUGUAUCCUUGCCCCUGAAGUCACCGACGGCCCUUACUACGUUGUCGGCGAGUACCUGCGCUCCAAUGUCAAGGAGUCUCUGUAUUCCGCCGGUGUCGACGUCUUCUUGGAGAUCCAGUACAUCGAUGUCAACACUUGCGAAGCUAUCCCCAGCGUUGCCGUCGACAUUUGGAACUGCAAUGCGACUGGUACAUACAGUGGCAUCAGCGUCAGUGGCAACUACGCCGAGGAUGGCUAUAACUCUACUUACCUCCGUGGUAUUCAACUGACCGACCACGAUGGCGUCGCUUCUUUCGAGACCAUCUUCCCCGGCCAUUAUGAUGGCCGCGCUGUCCACACGCACCUGUUGGCGCACACCGACGCCAAGGUCAUGCCCAACGGCACCAUCUCCGUCUGGGAUGCGCCUGUGACGCACAUCGGACAGCUCUUCUGGCCUGACGACCUGCGUGCAGAGGUCGAGACUACCUACCCGUACACCGAGAACACCCAGGCUCUUACCACCAACGACGAGGACAUGUGGGCCAUUCAGGCCGCCGAUGAGAGCUUCGACCCCAUCCCGCAAUUCGUCUACCUCGGCGACUCCAUCGAGGACGGUCUGUUUGCCUGGAUCCAGAUUGGUGUCAACGCCUCUGCCGACUACACCGAGGACGAUUACUAUGGAAUUGCUGCCUACUUCGACGCUGAGGGUGGCCACUCUACUGGAUACACUGUUGGAGGUGAUGGUGGUGGCCCGGGUGGCAACGGAACCGCACCCAGCGGAUCCGCCGCGCCCCCUGCCGCUUCAUCUUCGGCCGCCGCCUAA